GUCUGCAAGUAAUAACACGUUUGGAAUAGGAAGACGCUAGCGAGAACAGCGUGAACCGGGUGAACCGCGUAAACUGCCUACGCGCAUUACGGCUGCGAGUAGUGCCCGAUACUUACGUGGGCCGUUGCACCGAUUACGCGGUUCGCGUUGCUCGCUUGCCUCCCGAGAUAUUCCUACUACACGAUACCUUUAUUCUUUAACGUCGCAUUUUUAUCGCUAUUCGACUAUCAACAAAACGCGGAGUUACCGGUUUUUAUCGAUCGCACUUUCGAAACGCUCAAUGGAGAUUUUUCCUUGCAAAGACACGACGAUAUCGAACGACACACCUCGCGCAACUCUAUGAAUUCGACGCAACCUACCUAGCUACCUAAACGAAAAAUAGUUUGAAAUAUCGAAUCGCACGAAUCCCGAACGGUGCGAAUAUCUAUCAAAGAAUGAGUUUUCAGACGGAAUGCCGUGGACAAGGCUAACGAAAACAUUUCAGACAUAGUGUCUGCAUUUCAUUUAGAAAGGAAAGAUGGAAAGAAAUAAGGAAAUGGAUGAGAUGACGUACAGUGGACAAGGAUAGAGUGUAGUCGAGAGAAGUGGAAAAUGGUUUACGAUGUAGAGUGAAUCGUUGGAGUAGACUACUGUAGAAUGGAGUGGAGUGGAGUGGAGUGGAGUGGAGUGGAGCGGAGUGGAGCAGAGUGGAGCAGAGUGGAGCAGAGUGGAGCGGAGUGGAGCGGAGACAGAAGAGCAGAGAAGGGAGCAUUCAUUCAUGGUUUGCCUCUAGCUGUUACAAGUUCAGUCGAACGAAUGGUAUAGGUUCGCGUGGCACGAAAGUUGCGAGCCGCUUGGAAUCGGGUCGAUUCGGAUCGCGUCGCGACUCGCGAUACGUAAAUGUAGAACGGGCGCAGGACGCACGACAUAGAAGAGAGAACGUGGAAGAGAAGGCAAGGCCACAAGACACAGUGCGGGUUAUAGUUUAUAGCUUAUUGGUUAUAGCGCAAGCAAUGAUUCGAUAAAAGGAGAAUAAUUCGGAGAACGCGAUACAAGUUGGAUAGACGGAAUUCCGAGACAGUGAAAGGACGCGUAGCUUCUGAUCGACGCUAGACGCGAGAGGAUUACGAUUCGAGACGACACCGUUCACGUUAACGAUACGAGUACGUUAACCGUAAAAGGUUUCAGGCUUUGCUCGAGCGGUUCUUUCGAGCGAUUCGCUGAUAACAAUUCGAAAGUGAUCCAGAUCCGUUCGAUCGGUCGGUCGACCGGCUGACCGAUCGAUCGAUCGGUCGAUCGAUUUCUGCGACGCGCUGGAAUUGCGUCGAAGCUAUCGUAGGAUUCCGAUGGAUUCGUUAGCCUCGAUCGAUCGGCAGACUUGUUUACUUGGUCGAGGAUAAGAAAAAACAGAAUAACAUAAGGUAACGUAAGAGAAGGUCCGAGUAUCGAGUUUAGGAUGACCGCCGCGACACAGAAACCGCGCGCCUGCGAGUCAUUCGUCUCCCUCGACUAGGUGGUGGCCUGAUAUGCAAAGCAAAGUGAUUUCGACGAAUCGUAACGAUUCGCACACUGGAUUACGCGGACCGGUAUAGACUAUAGACACAUUCUCUCGUCAAACUGCCGAAUGCGCUGAAACGCCGACAAUUUUCUUCUCGUGUUCGAGCGUAUAUCCAGGGACGAUCGAGGACGUUCGCGAAACCAGCAACUUGUUACCAUUUCUAUCGGCUGAUUAGACAAAGACAAUAGUGAGUGAGCGCGCGCGCGCGCACGCUAAGCACUAAGGGCGCGCGCGCCAAGAGAUGGCUGAUUCGAUGUGUUUGUUAUUGGCGAUGUUUGGACAGUUGUUCGUUCGUGGAAUCGAGGGUAGUCUUCUUGGCGUGGAACUAGACGAAAAGGGCCAAGAGUUUCUCAACGAAUACUUGUCUCUCGACGAAGGCAAAUACCUCGCCGAAUUGCACGAGUUUCAAGAUACAGCGAUCGAGAUCGACUUGAUCGAUGAAAAAACGAAGCAUCGGCCGGUUCAUCAAGCACCUAGAGUUGUUUAUCAGAUCGGGGAUAGCGAAGAGGAGUUACCCGAAUGUUUGGACCGAAGCCAAGUUUGCAGCAAGGUGGAUUUAUAUGGGUCGCCGUGGGUCGAGAGGCAGUGCCGUUGCCCGGAUGCUCGUAGCUGUCCUAGUAGCUUGCACGGAGACGACGGACACACGAUAGUCGAUAAAACACGCCAGUACAAGCUUUGCGAGCCAGUGAAACGUCUUCCCAUUUGUCGUUAUUUCAAGGAUGUCACAUGGACCCUAGCUCCUGGAGGAGGCCCGGCGAACGCGACAGUUCAGAGAGUUUACUGUCGAUGUCGACCAGCCAGCGUACCCUAUCUAGUUCGAAGACAAGCAUUCAGGUCUCCCGAGGGAAAUUCUGGAUUUAUUUAUGCUUUCGCGUGCUCUCCGCAAAGUAGGCUGCGCUGUCAACGCAAGGAACCUUGUCGACUGUUUACCGUACGAAAGAGACGAAGCUCGCAACUCGAAGAGGUGAACGCUUCGCCUCUUUGCCAAUGUCCAAAGGGUCAUCGGUGUCCCAGACGACACACGGAUCCGGGAUCGCUUCCGGCUAGAUCGUAUUCCGGCGUUUUGGAGAUCAAAACUUACAGUGGGUAUUGCGUGCCCCUGCAACCGCACCAUUCCGAAGCAGUUUACACCGUAUGAGACAUCCGCUCAUUGACGGUAGCAUCAGUCCCGUCAGUCGCGCGAGUCGCGUGAGUCGCGUCAGCCGCGUCAGUCGCAGCUUGGAUCGGACUUGUAAAAAUGGCGCGCGAGUAACGCGGAAACGAACUGCGAGUCGAGUCGAGGUGGACGCGUUCGCGCAUUCGAUGCGUCGAGGAAUGCUCGACCAAAUCGCGACCGAUUUACAUUCGAAUCGUAAGGAAUCGUUGCGACAGCAUAGGAUCGAUCGCUAUUAUUGUA